ACAAACCAACUGUACCUUUCCCUUUCUCCGCACUUCAAAGUAUAUCUCCGCUACUUUCUAUUUCCAUUUCCGUUUUGGGUAUGCCUAAAUUUCAUGUUUCUUUCACUUUAAGCCCUUAAAUUCGUUUCUUUGAUGUCAUAUAGUUCUAUUCUAAUAUCAGAAUCAUCUGGGUAUUGGAUUGUAAAUAUUUUCCGUAAAUUAUAUGUCUCAGAUCAACAGGGAAAAAAAUUGAUCAAUGUGUAGUUUCUUUGUGGAAGGUUUUCUUUGAUAUAUAUAGAGCUAGGAAGUGGUGAUUUUAUGGGUGUUAAAAAUUAAAAUUGUCUGGUUUAUGCUACAAUAGUAUGUCUGAGCAGUACUGGAAUGCAAGCGCGAGUGCAAGCGCAAGCUCGAGCUCGAGUCUGAAUAGCAGUUCUCAUGAUACAGAGGAUGAUCAUACGAUCGCUGCAAUAUUGGCAGAAGAAGAGAGAUUGAGAUAUGAUGGCAAACUUGGCAAGAGGCUUUCUCAUUUGGACUCAAUCCCGCAGCAUACCCCUCGAGUAAUUGGGGAUAUACCAGAUGCCAAUGAUGCUACCCUAGACCAUGAGAGGCUUGCUGAGAGGUUGGCAACAUACAAAUUAGCUGAACUGCAAAUUGAGGGAGAUGGAAAUUGCCAGUUCCGAGCCCUUGCAGAUCAGUUGCUUCAGCAUCAGGAUUAUCACCAGUAUGUAAGAAAGCACGUUGUCAAACAGCUAAAAAGCCAUAGAAAUCUAUAUGAAGGUUAUGUUCCUAUGAAGUACAAAAGCUAUGUGAAGAAGAUGAAAAGGUUGGGUGAGUGGGGAGAUCAUGUCACUCUACAAGCAGCUGCAGACCGAUUUGAAGCAAAAAUUUGUUUAGUCACCUCGUUCCGAGACACCUGCUAUAUUGAAAUCCUUCCCAGGGACAAAAGUCCCUCAAGAGAGUUAUGGCUGAGCUUUUGGAGUGAAAUCCACUAUAACUCAUUGUAUCAAACCGGAGAGGUUCCUACAAGAAGACACAGGAAGAAGCAUUGGCUUUUCUAAAGCAAAUUUAUUACUUUUCUUAAGAUAUUUUAUCAUGUAAAUCCUUUUUAAAAUUGGAUUAUUCUUUUCUGUAUUUACUCUUUUAUAGCUUACACUCUACUCGGCACAAAUUCUUUUUGAAAUGUGUACAAUGGAUUACUUUUUGAUGCAACACCAUGCUUGUCAUGUC